AUGACACUAACCUCAUCCACUCAUUAUGUCAGUAGACCAACAUCACCAAUCACAAAUGAUGAACAACGUUUUAAGCGUCAACAAUCAAUAGUAGCUAGUGAACGAGAUAUUACGAUUCUGUACUAUGAUGAAAUCUUGAAUUACUCUCAAGAAAAAUGUAUCAUACAAUUGGAUGAUAAUUACUAUAAUAAACGAUUUGAGAAUAUGUUCAAAAAACAGUUAAAACAGCUUCAUGAAUAUAGUAGUGUAUGUCAAGUAUUUUUUCCUGAAAAGAUGUGGCAUGAAUUUGAAGAGUUUAAAAAUUCAUUUGAGAAUUGGUUUAAAACAUAUUACUUGGAAUAUUUUAAUGAUUUAUCAGCAAGAGAAAGGGUAAAUGCCUUCUCAGGAAAAUAUCACACCAUACUUAUGCGCAAGAUGAAAGAUACAAAAGGUAUAAAUUCAGCGGCGGUUCGAAAUGCAAUCUCUAGAGAAUCCAAGAUCCAAUUACUGUUAAGCAACAAGCAAAAAUGUGCAAGUGACAAUGCAUUUACUAAUAUUUCUGAUGAUGAUGAGUCAUUUCUUAGUAUUUACACUUAUACGAUAGCUUUAUGUGAUAUUGUUCUAAACCCAGAUUAUCCGGAUACAGAAUGUGCAAAAAAACUAUUACAACGAUGUUUUCAAGUAUUUAAGGAUGCACUUAUAAGUCGUGACAGUAUUAAACUUAGUGAUUCUCAAGCGGUAUUAAAAGAAGAAACUCCAGAAAUUGAAAAAAGAAGAAAAAAAUAA